AUUAUCUUACACCACAGUUUUGUAUCAUGUUGAAAUAAUAAUAAUACAUUUCAAGAAUGUUGUUUUGAUAUGUAUAGAAGAUUUUGAAUUCACAACUCUGUGAGAGCUCGUUUCAUUUGGUCCGUAAAUUCUCAGAAUUAAUUGGGAGAUCUUCCCGUAUCUUUGGCUUGCGUUUUUGCCCAUUGAAUGUUGAACGCGAAACCAACUUUACGUCGGUAGUUUGCGCCAACUCCGUAGAGAGGAUGUGGCGAGCUAUGUUGGGACUGAUGCACAGCGUUUAUUCAUAACAACAAUGAUACCCCCGUUGGAUUAUCAACAUUAACGGACACUUUGCAUUUGGAGGACUGGCGACUGCCACAGUACGUCUUCUGCUGCAGAAUUUGGGAUGUAUCGUGAAUAAUUUCAUCGCCAAAACCAUGGAAAACAAUAUAUUUGUCUCUUUACAAAGCAUCAUUGCUACCGACAACCACCGGAGUGCGUCUGAUCAUCACUAUACAGGAUAGGCCUCUGGAAGGUUAUACUUUGGGGAUUUUGGGUACCACACAAUCGACGGACUUGUUUUAACAAGGUGUCUGUUCUUCCUCACAGAAGAUGUUUUUGUAGAGCAUUGAAACUGAGCGUAUUGAGCUGCAGGCCAACACCUGAGGCUUGACUGGCUUGCAGAUGAAGAAAAGCUUGGCGAGCCUAUUUUCAGUUAGCACACGUUAGCUAGCUAACGUCACAGCCUACAGUUGCUGGCUAGCUAACACACAUUGGACUCAAUUGGGGAUUUUACUGGCUCACAUUUCAAGAGGCAUUUAUGGGAAAUUUCAGAGCCUUUGCCCUGGAUAGGAUUUUAAACAAAAUCCUAGUAGAGUACUCUUCUUAAAGCACUUGCUUGCUUGGACUAGCAAGACUUGUUCAGCUAGCCGCUAGCUAGCUUAUUUGUUGGAUACCUCGGCUGUUUGCCUACAUUAGUUGUACGAAUGUGGGGGAAAAUGGAGACUCCGACGAUUGUGUACGACUUGGACACCUCCGGUGGACUAAUGGAGCAAAUCCAGAACCUGGUGUCUCCACCGAAGUCGGAGGACAGUGAAAAAAGGAGUCGAAAGCUCGAUAGAAGCACAAGGCGGACAGGCCGGGCCAUGAAUCAUGACACCUGCGACAGUUGUAGAGAAGGAGGAGACCUCCUGUGCUGCGACCACUGUCCCGCUGCCUUCCACCUCCUAUGCUGUAAUCCACCUUUGAGUAGAGAGAUGCUACCACCAGGAGAUUGGAUGUGCCACCGUUGUGCAGUGCGCAGGAAGAAGCGUGAACAGAAGAAGGAGCAGAUCAACGGGCUCCUGGAGAAGCAGCUGUCCAAGCGCUCCCAGUCCCCCGCCGGGGCCGAGCUGGAGCUGGGCACCCUGCGGCUGGACCCCACUGUGAUGGUGGGCGCGCCGGGCCUGCGGGCGGCCGUGGCCCAGGUUCGGCUCCUGGAGAGGAAGCCCAGCAGCCGGCCGGUCACCCCGACGUCCAACACCUCCUCCACGGACACCCCGACGCCGUCGGAGCAGAACGACAUCGAGGAGGACCUGCUGGACGUCGAGGACGACGCUCAGGGGUUUGAGCCCGAGAGCUCGUCCAAGCCGGCCACCCUCAAGAGGACGUUUGACCUCCUUGUCGCCGCGGCAACGCAGAGGAACCCCACACAGUUCCAGCUUCCAGGGGAACUCAACUGCACGACCCCACUCCCAGGAACCAGCAAGAGAAGGAGAAAAGAGGAGAUGACGGGGAAGAACGUGAAGAGGCCUCAGCACGAGCGGGACCACCACGGACUGGUCCCGCUACCCGUCAAAGUGUGCUACACCUGCAACAGGAGCUGCCGUUUGGCACCGCUGGUCCAGUGUGAUUACUGUCCGCUCCUCUUCCACAUGGACUGUCUAGACCCCCCCCUCACUGCCAUGCCCACGGGCAGGUGGAUGUGCCCCAACCACGUCGAGCACCUCGUGUUGAACCAGAGGAAUCUGACUCUCACCAAUCGCUGCAAGCUUUUUGACCAAUUCAGAGACCGCAUUUCCCAGCAUGCCAUCAAGCUUGACUUCCUGCAGCGGAUACACCGCCUUGAGCCACCCAGACGGCGGGGCUUACGCACACCCAGCAGGAAGAUGGUUAAGGUCCCUGAUGCCAUUAAGUCCCAGUACGAAUGUCCUCCUGCUCUGCUGCCCCCUGCUGGUGUGCGAGAUGGAGAACUGAUCUGCCCCAGCGUCCCAGAAGCCCCUCGCCAGCACUCCCACCCCCACCAGCACUUAACGAGUGAUGCCGACCAGGAAGAGUGGCUUCAAGGGGUCAUCUCACUUCAAUGCAGCAUCGUGAAGCACUUAUCUGCCAGGAAACCACACUGGAACUCUGUUCAGACGGAGGACGCUGACGUUAAACCCAUCUUAUCGUCUGUAUCAGAGGACGAGAAGCUGCGCUCCCUCCACAAACCAGAUUUCCAAACGGAGUCCAAACCUUGCAGUACCACCUCCGACCUCCAGGGGGCAGCAGUGGUUAAACCUGUCGGUGUGGUAGAGAAACAGAUGAGAGGGACUCAGUGCAGCUCGUGUACGGAGAGACCUUGCAGGAACUGUGGCACCACAAACGGCCCGGUGGAGCGGGAGUGUCAGUCCAACGGGAAACAACAACAACAACAGCAUCAGCAGCAGCAACAACAACCGCAGAAGCAGCAGGACCUUACCCAGUCACAGAAGGAUGUGCACCAGCACAAAUGGAGCGAUCCCGCAGGCCCAGACACGACCCGCUGCCCGCCCCACGGAACCACCACCACCAUCACAGCCAACCUCCCAAACCACGCCAGCACCGGGGCCAUAGUGAAGAUGGAGCAGUCCGCGUGUACGGCACCACCAGGCAAAGACUCCGCACCAUCGCAACCGCCUUCUCUCACCUCCAACGAAACCUCGUCUACCACUGUGUCUCCUCCGCAAAGACCCGUCCAGGAAGAGGAGGGGCGACCGAAGCCAGAGCUGACCAAUCGGGUGUGGUCUUCGCCCACCGCUGGCACGCGUGCCAUCACGCCGCCUGAGGCCUCCCUGGUCGUCUGCGUGCCAACGCCUCCAUCAGACGGAAAGGUUGGCUUUGACGCUGGGAUGCCUUGGAGCAGCACACCGGGGUCUGGGUUUGACAGCACUAACGCAUGGGAGCUCACCAGCGGCCUCAAGGAGAUGAUGCAGGAGGGAGAUGAUAUUGAGUUGAGUGCUUUGGACGAGAGGCUAGUCAAACUCUUAGCCUGGCAAAGAAUUCAGCAGCUCUUCGAACCCAGCCCUUCUCCUGCGAAGUCCACCUUCGUCAGCUUGCCGUCGCCCACCACCUCUUCCUCAUUAUCCAACCAGAGUGCUAAACCUCCACCCUCGUGUAAACAGGUGCAGGCCCGGGCGGUGCUCUACCCCUUAACAGAUAAAGGGGCCUUUGUGAAUAUGUGUUUCAGAAGUCUGUAUAUUGGAACAGGUGCUGACAUGGAUGUGUGCCUUACAAACUAUGGUCAUUGUAACUAUGUGUCGGGAAAGCACGCCUGCAUAUUUUAUGACGAGAACACCAAGCAAUAUGAGCUUCUGAACUACAGUGAGCACGGGACCACGGUGGACAACGUGCUGUACUCCUGCGACUUCUCCGAGAAGACACACCCCUCCCCGGCCAGCAGCACGGUGGUCCAAGUGCAGAGCAUUAUCCGCCGCUGUAAGAAGAAGAGGAGGAGGGGAGAGGGGCAGCAGGCGAUGGGCGUGGAGGAGGAUGCGGCGGAGGGGGGCGUGAUGAGCCGCCGGUCCCUCGACACCCGGAGCAGCUCCUGCAGCUGCAGGGCCAGCGGCUCCAGCUUGAUCGGGGGCAGUGGGGCAGGCUGGGAGGGCACGGCCCUGCUCCACCACGGCAGCUGCAUCAAGCUGGGCUGCCAGCAGUUCCUCUUCAGCAUCGCCGAGUUCGCCAGCAAGACGCCCGGCCAGGACCAGAGCGCAGCGCCCACCCUCGGCUGCAGUCCCACUCCGAGUCUGCAGGGGGCGAUGGUGGACCUGAAGCCGGCUGUCGCGCAGCUCCACCAAGUGCCCGUGCUGCUUCCCAACGCCGUUCCCUAGCCCCGCACUGAGCACGCUCAGACCACAGGGACUUGUACAGACUCAUGUUUGUUUAACUAAAUGGUUCAUACAUUUUUGCAUGAUAUGAAGUAAAUUCUUUGCCCAGCUUUUGUGGGCAAGUUGCACAUUGAGUUGUUCGUUUUUUUUGUAAAUGGGAAACGGUUAUUUGGAUUUACACUUUGAAAGGGAUCCUUUGGUCGUCCUUGAUACUCUGAGAACCAAUGAACAGUAAAAGGUUUCCACUUGUUUUAAAAAAGAGAAAGUGUUCUAUUUUGUGCCAGUUAUGGUAGGUUUUUUAUAACACUUUUUUCAAGAAAUUUUAUUUUCUCUUAUUUUUAUUUAUGUGUUCAGAUAUUGUAUUUGAAUGUGUGUUUUUGUUCAAAUUUUAGCUUUGCUACUUUUGCACAAAGUAGCUCUGUGCUCAACUCUGAAUACCUGUUUAUAGCUAUAUAUACUGUAUAUGUAUGUAUGUUUUUCUGUUUAUAGCUCUAUAUAUACUAUAUAUGUCUGUCUGUUUUUCUGUUAAGAUUUUUUGUGAAGAUUUAAAUGUCCAUAACCCAUCCAUAGAAACUAAUCCAUUAUUUUCAAUUCAAAAUAAGGGAAAAGGUGGGCUCCAUGUACAUAGUUUUGUUUUGUUUUUGUUUGUUUGUUUGUUUUUUUUAAUCAAGACUGUGCUACACUUAAGGUUUGGUCGAGCCCUGGACAUGUUCAAGUGUGCUUCUCAAGUCUGUCAUCAGUCACAGAGAGAUUUCUGUUGUAAAGAAAUUUCACCUGGAAAAAAAGACAUACCAAUUUGUGUAUUUACAAUUCAGACUCUUUUUGUCUAUUGAACAUUGUAAAUAACUAAAGAUGACUUUAAAUAAGAACUCAUAGAAAACA